AAAAAAGCAACUAUUUCAGUAAUAAUAAAGUUUUUCUGUAAUGAACAAGAGAUUAGUAUUGGUAUUAAGUAUUUUAUUCUCAUUUUUUCUAAAAGCUUCUUCGGCGCAAUGUAGCAACGAAGCUAAACCUGCUCCUCAUCCAACAGACUGCACAAAGUUUUAUUUAUGCCCUGGAAAUUUUGAAAUGUCCUGCGGGCCUGGAACACACUUCAAUCCUAAUAUACUUGCUUGUGAUUGGCCUAGCCGAGCUGACUGUAAAAGUGGAGGUCCACCUGGAGAGCCACCUGUUGACGCUUCUUUGGCACCAUGUAGCAAUGAAAAUAAACCUUCUCCUCAUCCAACAGAUUGCACAAAGUUUUAUUUAUGCCCUGGAAACUUUGAAAUGUCCUGCGGACCUGGAACUCACUUCAACCCAAAAAUACUUGUUUGUGAUUGGCCUCACCAAGCUGGCUGUAAAGUUACAGUACCUGGAAAACCGACAGGUGCACACAAAAAGCCUCCAGGAUCACUUCAAAGUCCACCUAGGGAGCCUACGGGUCAACUUCUAGGUCCUCCUGGGAAGAUUUUCGGUUCACCGGAUACUCCUCCAGACCAACCUCCAGGUUCACCUGAAAAGCCACCAAGGCCCCCAGCAGGUCUACAUAAAAAACCUACAGAACAACAACAAGGUCCAAAUACAAAACCACCAGGUUCACUUAUAAAACCACCAGGCCCACCUUCAGGUCAACUAGAAAAGCCAUCAGGGCCACCUCAAAUUUCAGAUGCGGGGACUUCAGGUUUAUCUGGAGAACCUUCAGACCAACCUGAAGGUCCACCUGAAAAGCCACUAGCAUCACCACCGGGUCCACUUAAGACGCCUCCAAGUCCACCUCCUGGUCAACCUGGGAAGCAUCCUCGUCCAGUGGGUAGUUCUACAGGCCCACCAACAGGUCCCUCUAAAAAACCUUCAGGAGCACUUCUAAACCUUGAGCCUACCGGUCCACCAGGAAUACCUCCAGGCCACUCUCCAAGUCCACCUGAAAAGCCACCAGAAAAAUCUCCAGGUAUACAUGAGAAGCCUACAGUACAACCUCCAAGUUUACUUAAGAAGCCAACUAGUUCACCGGACACGCAUCAAGGCUUACCUCCAGCUCCACCAGAAAAACCUACGGGCCAACCUACAGGUCCAUCUGGAAAACCUCCAGGAGUACCUCCACGUCCAACUGGAAAACCUCCAGAAAUAUCUCCUGGUCCUGCUGGUAAGUCCACAGGUUCACCGGGAAAACCUCCUGUCCACCCUCCAGGUCCACCUGAAAUGUUACAAAAGCCACCGCAAGGUCUACAUGAGAAACCUGCAGAAUAUCCUAACGGUUCACUUCAAAAGUCAACUGGACCAAAUCCAAGUCCACAUGAGAAGCCGCAGGGACCACCUACAGGUACACAUUGGAAGCCCUCUGGUCCACCGAGUACUCCUCCAGGCCAACUUUCAAGUUUACCUGAAAAAUCUACCAGCCUGCCUCCAACUCCUGCUGGUAGGCCUACAGUUUCACCAGGAAAACCUCCUGUCCACCCUACAGGUCCGCCUGAAAAGUUACAAAAGCCACCACCAGGUCUACAUGAGAAGCGUACAGAACAACCUACCGGUUCACUUCAAACGUCAUCAAGACCAACCCCAAGUCCACAUGAGAAGCCGCCAGAACCACCUACAGGCCCACACUGGAAGCCCACUGGUCCACCGAGUACUACUCCAAGCCAACUACAGGGACUAUCUGGAAAACCUCCACGACUACCAACCGGUCCUGCUGAUGUGCCUACACGUUCACCAGAAAACCCAACUCCAACUACAGGUUCAUUCGAAAAGUUACCAAGGCCACCAACAGGUCUACAUGAGAAGCCUACGGAUCAUACUACCGGUUCACUUCAAAAGUCAUCAGGACCAACUCAAACUCUACAAGAGAAGCCAACGGAACCACCAAGAGGUCCACAUGGUAAGCCUACUCGUACAUCGAGUACUCCUCCAGGCCAACCUCCCAGUCCAUCUGGAAAACCUCCAGGGGUACCUCCAGGUCCAACUGGAAAACCUCCAGAAAUAUCUCCUGGUCCUACUAGUAAGCCUACAGGUUCACCGGGACAACCUCCUGUCCACCCUCAAGGUCCACCUGAAAUGUUACAAAAGCCACCACCAGGUCUACAUGAGAAGCGUACAGAACAACCUACCGGUUCACUUCAAACGUCAUCAAGACCAACCCCAAGUCCACAUGAGAAGCCACCAGAACCACCUACAGGCCCACACUGGAAGCCCACUGGUCCACCGAGUACUACUUCAAGCCAACUACAGGGACCAUCUGGAAAACCUCCAGGACUAUCAACCGGUCCUGCUGAUGUGCCUACACGUUCACCAGAAAACCCAACUCCAACUACAGGUUCAUUCGAAAAGUUACCAAGGCCACCAACAGGUCUACAUGAGAAGCCUACGGAUCAUACUACCGGUUCACUUCAAAAGUCAUCAGGACCAACUCAAAUUCUACAAGAGAAGCCAACGGAACCACCAAGAGAUCCACAUGGUAAGCCUACUCGUACACCGAGUACUCUUCCAGGCCAACCUCCCGGUCCAUCUGGAAAACCUCCAGGGGUACCUCCAGGUCCAACUGGAAAACCUCCAGAAAUAUCUCCUGGUCCUACUAGUAAGCCUACAGGUUCACCGGGACCACCUACUGUCCACCCUCAAGGUCCACCUGAAAUGUUACAAAAGCCACCACCAGGUCUACAUGAGAAGAGUACAGAACAACCUACCGGUUCACUUCAAACGUCAUCAAGACCAACCCCAAGUCCACAUGAGAAGCCACAAGAACCACCUACAGGCCAACAUUGGAAGCCCACUGGUCCAUCGAGUACUACUUCAAGCCAACUACAGGGAUCAUCUGGAAAACCUCCAGGACUACCAACAGGUCAUGGUGGUGUGCCUACAGAUUCACCGGAAAAAUAUACUGUCCAACCACCAGGUCCAUUCGAAAAGUUACCAAGGUCACCAACAGGUCUACAUGAGAAGCCUACGGAACAUACUACCGGUUCACUUCAAAAGUCAUCAGGACCAACUCCAACUUUACAAGAAACGCCACCGGGACCACCAAGAGAUCCACAUGGUAAGCCUACUCGUCCGCCGAGUACUCCUCCAGGCCAACCUCCAGGUCCAUCUGGAAAACCUCCAGGUGUACCUCUAGGUCCAACUGGAAUACCUCCAGAAAUAUCUCCUGGUCCUGCUGGUAAGCCUACAGGCUCACCGGGAAAACCUCCUGUCCACCCUCCAGGUCCACCUGAAAUGUUACAAAAGCCACCACCAGGUCUACAUGAGAAGCGUACAGAACAAUCUAUCGGUUCAGUUCAAAAGUCAUCAAGACCAACCCCAAGACCACAUGAGAAGCCACAAGAACCACCUACAGGCCCACAUUGGAAGCCCACUGGUCCAUCGAGUACUACUCCAAACGAAUUACAGGGACCAUCUGGAAAACCCCCAGGAGUACCUCCAGGUCCAACUGGAAAACCUCCAGAAAUAUCUCUUGGUCCUGCUGGUAAGCCUACAGGUUCACCGGGAAAACCUCCUGUCCCCCCUACAGGUCCACCUAAAAUGUUACAAAAGCCACCACCAGGUCAACAUGAGAAGCCUAGAGAACAACCUACAGGUUCAUUUCAAAAAUCAUCAAAACCAACCCCAAGUCCACAUGAGAAGCCACAAGAACCACUUACAGGCCCACAUUGGAAGCCUACUGGUCCAUCUAGUACUACUCCAAGCCAACUACAGGGACCAUCUGGAAAAUCUCCAAGACUACCAACAGGUCAUGCUGGUGUGCCUACAGGUUCACCGGAAAAAUAUACUGGCCAACUUCCAGGUCCAUUUGAAAAGUUACCAAGGCAACCACCAGGUCUACAUGAGAAGCAUAUGGAGCAUACUACCGGUUCAUUUCAAAUGUCAUCAGGACCAACUCCAAAUCUACAUGAUAAGCCACCAGGACCACCUAGAGAUCCACAUGGUAAGCCUACUGGUCCACUGAGUACUUCUUCAGGCCAACCUACAGGUCCACCUGGAAAACCUCCAGGACCACCACCAGGUGCUGGUGGUGAGCAUACAGGUUCACCGGAAAAACCCCCUGUCCACCCUCUAGGUCCACUGGAAAAGUUACCAAGGCCACCACCCAGUUUACAUGAGAAGCCUACGGAAAAACCUACCGAUUUACUUGAAAAGUCAUCAGGACCACAUACAGGUCCACAUGGAAUGAUGCCUACUGGUCCAACAAAUACUCCUCCAGGCCUACAUCCAAGUCCACCUGGAAAACAUCCAGGACUACCACCAGGCUCUGCUGGUGAGCCUACAGAUUCACUGGGAAAACCUUCUGUCCACCCUCCAAGUCCACCUAAAAAGUUACCAAGGCCACCACCAGGUCUAAAUGAUAAGCCUACAGAACAUCCUACCAGUUCAUUCCAAAAGUCAUCAGGACAAACUCCAAAUCCACAUGAGGAGUCACCAGGGCCACUAACAGGUCCACUUGGUAAGCCUACUGUUCCUUCAAAUACUCCUCCAGGCCAACCUCCAGGUCCACCUGGACAACCUUCAGAAUUACCACUAGAUCUUGCUGGUGAGCCUACAGGUUCACCAGGAAAACAUCAUGUCCUCCCUCCAGGUCCUCUUGAACAGUUAGCAAUGCCACCAACACGUGUACAUGAUAAGCCUACAGAACAACCUACCGGUUCACUACAAAAGUCAUCAAGACCAACCCCAAGUCCACAUGAGAAGCCACCAGAACCACCUACAGGCACACAUUGGAAGCCCACUGGUCCACCGAGUACUACUCCAAGCCAACUACAGGGACCAUCUAGUAAAUCUCCAGGACUACCAAGAGGUCCUGCUGGUGUGCCUACACCUUCACAGAAAAAACAUACUGUCCAACGGCCAGGUCCAGAAAAACAAGGUCCAAAUACAAAACCACCAGGUUCACUUAUAAAACCACCAGGCCCACCUUCAGGUCUACUACAAAAGGGCCUACAAGGGUCUACAUCAGGGCCCCCCCAAAUUUCAGAUGCGGAGACUUCAGGUUUACCUGGAGAUCCUUCUGGCCAACCUACAGGUCCACCUGAAAAGCCACUAGCAUCACCACCGGGUCCACUUGGGACGCCUCCAAGUCCACCUCCUGGUCAACCUGGGAAGCCUCCUGGUCCACUGGAUAAUUCUACAGGCCCACCAACAGGUCCCUCUAAAAAACCUCCAGGAGCUCCUUUACACCUUGCUGGUAAGCCUACCGAUCCACCAGGAAUACCUCAAGGCCACUCUUCAAGUCCACCUGAGAAGCCACCAGGAAUAUCUCCAGCUCCACAUGAGAAACCUACAGUACAACCUCCAAGUCUAUCUAAGAAGCCAACUAGUUCACCGGACACGCAUCAAGGCAUACCUUCAGCUGUACCAGAAAAACUUACGGGCCAACCUACGGGUACAUCUCAAUUGUCAUCAGGCCCAAAUCCAAGUCCACAUGAAAAGUCACCAGGUCCACCUACAGGUCCACAUGGAAAACCUACUGGCCCACCGAGUUCUCCUCCAGGCCAACCUUUAGGUCCAUCUGGAAAUCCUCCAGGAGUACCUGGAGGUCCAACUGAAAAACCUCCAGAAAUAUUUCCUGGUCCUGCUGGUAAGCCUACAAGUUCACCGGAAAAACCUCCUGUCCACCCUACAGGUCCGCCUGAAAAGUUACCAAGGCCACCACCAGGUCUACAUGAGAAGUUUAAAGUACAUGCGACAGGUUCACCACAAUAUUCAUCAGUACUAAUUUCAAGUCCAUAUAAGAAGCCACCAGAACCACCUACAAGUCCACAAGGGAAGCCCACUCAUCCACCAAAUACUCCUUCAGGCCCACCACCAGGUCCACCUAUAAAUCCUCCAGGACUACAUCCAGGUUCUUAUGGUAAGACUACAGGUUUACCGAAUAAACCUCCUGUCCACCCUCCAGGUUCACCCGAAAGGUUAUCAAGGCCUCCACCAGGUCUACAUGAGAAGCCUACACAACAACCUGCCGGUUCACUUCAAACAUCAUCAGGAGCAACUACACUUCCACAUGAGAAGCCACCAGAACCACAUGAGAAGCCUAUUGGUCCACCAAGUACUCCUCCAGGCCAACAUUCAGGUCCACCUGGGCAACUUCUAAAUCCUGCUGGUGAGCCUACAGGUUCACUGGGAAAGCCUCCUGUCAACCCUCCAGGUCCACCUGAAAAGUUACAAAAGCCACCACCAGGUCUACAUGAGAAGCCUACAGAACAACCUAACGGUUCACUUCAAAAGUCAUCAAGACCAACCCCAAAUCCACAUGAGAAGCCACAAGAACCACCUACAGGCCAACAUUGGAAGCCCACUGGUCCAUCGAGUACUACUCCAAGCCAACUACAGGGAUCAUCUGGAAAACCUCCAGGACUACUAACUGGUCCUGCUGGUGUGCCUACACGUUCACCGGAAAAAUAUACUGUAAAACCUCCAGGUCCAAUUGAAAGAUUACCAAGGCCACCACCAGCUCUACAUGAGAAGCCUACGGAACAUACUACCGGUUCACUUCAAAAGUCAUCAAGACCAACCCCAAGUCCACAUGAGGAGCCACAAGGACCACCUACAGGCCCACAUUGGAAGCCCACUGGUCCAUCAAGUACCACUCCAAGCCAACUACAGGGACCAUCUGGAAAACCUCCAAGACUCCCAACAGGUCAUGCUGGUGUGCCUACAGGUUCCUCGGAAAAAUAUACUGUCCAACAUCCAGGUCCACUUGAAAAGUUAUCAAGGCCACCAACAGGUCUACAUGAGAAGCAUACGGAACAUACUACCGGUUCACUUCAAAUAUCAUCAGGACCAACUCCAAAUCUACAUGAUAAGCCACCAGGACCACCUAGAGAUCCACAUGGUAAGCCUGCUGGUCCACCGAGUGCUUCUCCAGGCAAACCUCCAGCUCCACCUGGGAAACCUCUAGGACUACCACCAAGUACUGGUGGUGAGCAUACAGGUUCUCCAGAAAAACCCCCUGUCCAUCCUGUACGUCCACUUGAAAAGUUACCAAGACCACUACCCGGUUUACAUGAGAAGCCUACGGAAAAACCUACCGAUUUACUUAAAAAGUCAUCAGUAUCACUUACAGGUCCACAUGGGAUGAUGCCUACUGGUCCAGUAAAUACUCCUCCAGGCCUACCUCCAAGUCCACCUGGAAAACAUCCAGGACUACCACCAGGUCCUUCUGGUGAGCCUACAGAUUCACUGGGAAAACCUUCUGUGCACCCUCCAAGUCCACUUAAAAAGUUACUAAGGCCACCACCAGGUCUACAUGAGAAGCCUACAGAACAACCUACCAGUUCACUUCAAAAGUCAUCGGGACAAACUUUAGGUCCACAUGAGAAGUCACCUGGGCCACUAACAGGUCCACAUGGGAAGCCUACUGGUCCUCCAAAUGCUCCUCCAGGCCAACCUCCAGAUCCACCUGGACAACCUCCGGAAUUACCAAUAGGUCUUGCUGGUGAGCCUACAGAACAACCUAGAGGUCCAACUCCAAGUUCACAUGAGAAGUCACCAGGACCACUUACAGGUCCGCAUGGGAGACCUACUGUUCUACCAAAUACUCCUCCAGGCCAACCUCCAGGUUCACCUGGAAAACUUCCAGGACUAUCUCCAGGUCUUGCUGGUGAGCCUACAGUUUCACCGGGAGAAUCUCCUGCCCACCUUUUAGUUCCACAUGAAAAGUUACCAAGUUCACCACCAGGUCUACAUGAGAAGCCUACAGAAAAACCUUCCGGCUCACAUCGAACGUCAUCAGGACCAUCUCUAAGUCUACAUGAGAAGCCACCAGGACCACCUACAAGUCCACAUAGAAAGCCUACUGGUCCAACGAGCGCGCCUUCUGGCCCACCCCAAGUCCACCUGAAAAAUUUUCAGGUAUACCUGAAAUACCUCCUGGCAUACCUCCAGAUCCACUUGAAAACACACUAGGACAACCUAAAGGUCCACCUAGUAAACUUCCAAGUCAACCUCCAGGUCAACCUAAGACGACUCCUUGUCCACCGGGUAUUCUAUCAGACCAACCACCAGGUUUACCUGAAACACCUCAAAGUCCUGCCGGUAAGCCUACAGGUCAACCCCAAAAGUCAUCAGUACCUACUCUAAGUCCACAUGAAAAGCCACCAGAAUUGCCUACAAGUCCAGAUGGGAGGCCUACUGGUUCACUGAGUACUCCUC